CUGCGUCACUGUGCCUCUUUCUCUGCACACCAGACACAUCCAUAGACAUGGCUCCGUGAGACGGCACAUGGCGGCCAACAGCCAUGAACCAAAAAAAUAACUCACCAAAAAAAUAACAAAUGCAUCUGUAACAACCCGAUUUAAUUUCUUUUGGAUUCUGCAACUCCAAAAACCAACAACGACAACGUUUAGACCAUUAACUCACAGUUUCAGGGGAGGCGCUACUUGCAAUCCCCAUUAGGAACCGUUCAUUUUUUUUUACGAUUUAAAAAAAAAGCAUUUUAGUUUAAUCUGUUUUAAAGCAGCCGUCAUGGGCGUGCAAGGUUUCCAAGAAUACAUUGAAAAGCACUGCCCAAGUGCCGUAGUACCGGUGGAGCUUCAGAAGCUAGCUCGGGGGAGCCUGGUUGGGGGCGGCAGGCAACGACCGCCCCAAAGUCCGCUCAGGCUUCUGGUGGAUGCCGAAAACUGCCUCCACCGGCUCUACGGCGGCUUUUACACCGACUGGGUGAGCGGAGGCCAGUGGAACCACAUGCUAGGUUACCUGGCUGCUCUCGCCAAGGCCUGCUUUAAUGGCAACAUUGAGCUCCUGGUAUGCUUCAAUGGCGCCCUGGAGAAAGGCCGUCUUCACGAAUGGGUCAAGCGACAGGUGAACGAGAGACAGACAGCGCAGCAGAUUGUCAGCCACGUCCAGAACAAGGGGACCCCACCACCAAAGGUCUGGUUCCUUCCCCCGUUGUGCAUGGCCCACUGUAUCCGACUGGCACUCCUCAGGUUUCACAUCGGGGUGGCCCAGAGCAUUGAGGAUCACCAUCAGGAAGUGAUAGCCUUAUGCAGGGAGAAUGGGUUUCACGGCUUGGUGGCCUACGACUCUGACUACGCCUUGUGCAACAUCCCCUACUACUUCAGUGCCCAUGCUCUGAAACUGAGCCGAAAUGGCAAGAGCCUCACCACCAGCCAGUACCUGAUGCACGAAGUUGCCAAGCAGCUCGAUCUCAAUCCAAAUCGCUUUGUCAUAUUCGCUUCACUUUUAGGUAAUCACAUACUGCCUGAUGAAGACUUGGCUGCCUUUCACUGGAGUCUACUUGGGCCAGAGCACCCAUUAGCAUCACUGAAGGUACGCGCGCACCAGCUUGUGCUCCCUCCGUGUGACGUGGUAAUCAAGGCUGUGGCUGAUUACGUCCGUAACUUGCAAGAUAUCAACGACUUGGAAGCCAUUGCAAAAGACAUCUUCAAGCACUCACAGUCCAGAACCGAUGACAAAGUUGUUCGAUUUAAGAAAGCAGUGGAGUACUACUCCGCAGCCAGCAAGCCCCUUCAGUUCUCUCCCUAUUUAGUCAGACCAAAUCAGAUUGGAGUGCCUGCUGCAGUGCCACAAUAUGUACCUCCACAGAUGCUGAACAUUCCACAGAUCCCCCUCCCUGUGAAGUCUGGGGUCCAGCAGCUGCCUGGCCAGAAUGCCUACUCCACCCCACUGGUCGAGGCCGGCCUGGCUCUGGAUCCAGUGGGGAAAGGCCUCCCGGAUCAGAACAGCUUCAGCAACAUUCCUCACGAGGGGAAACACACGCCGUUGUACGAGAGGUCCUCUCCCAUCAACCCCGCCCAGGGCAGCAGCCCCAACCACACGGAGCCCGCCUUCUUCACCACCUCCUCCACGUCCUCCUCCUCCGAGGCCGAUGACAACACGGGCACCACCGCCAACCAUAUAAGUGACCAUAAAGGAGGCUGGGACAAAGCCGGAAGUCAGUCUGCAAGCAUACCAGAGGGUGAUACGGGAGACCACAUUAAAGUGGAGGACGCCUCGCUGACCUCUCCACUGGGCCCGGCGGGAGACGCCGGUCACCUGGGCAUCAACGCGCAGAUCCCCUCCCUCCUCUCCAUGCCCACCCGGAACCACAUGGACAUCACCACCCCCCCUCUGCCCCUGGUGGCCCCCGAGGUCCUGAGGGUGGCGGAGCACAGACACAAGAAGGGCCUCAUGUACCCCUACAUCUACCACGUCCUCACCAAGGGCGAGAUAAAGAUUUCCGUCACCAUCGAAGACGAAGCUAACAAAGACCUGCCGUCUGCGGUGCAACUGUACCGCCCCAUCCGUCAGUGUGUUUACGGAGUCCUCUUCAGCCUGGCCGAGGCCAAGAAGAAGGCUGAACGGCUCGCCAUGCGGAGGAACAGACUCCCAGAGUAUCCCCCCGUGAUCAUAAAAGAGUGGGCGGCCUACAAGGGGAAGUCGCCCCACACCCCCGAGCUGGUGGAGGCGCUGCCCUUCAGGGAGUGGACCUGCCCCAACCUGAAGAAGCUGUGGCUGGGCAAGGCUGUGGAGGACAAGAACCGGAGAAUGAGGGCCUUCCUGGCCUGCAUGCGCUCCGACACCCCGGCCAUGCUGAACCCAGCUCACGUCCCCACGCCCCUUAUGGUGCUCUGCUGCGUUCUGCGGUUUAUGUUACAAUGGCCAGGAGUAAGAAUUUUGCGUCGUAACGAACUUGACGCUUUCCUAGCCCAAGCACUUUCUCCUAAACUAUAUGAACCUGACCAGCUGCAGGAACUGAAGAUAGACAGCCUGGACCCCCGUGGUGUCCAGCUGGCUGCCCUGUUCAUGAGCGGGGUGGACAUGGCUCUGUUUGCCAACGACGUGUGCGGCCAGCCCAUCCCCUGGGAGCACUGCUGUCCCUGGAUGUACUUCGAUGGCAAACUGCUCCAGAGCAAACUCAUCCGGGCCAACAGGGACAAGGCCCCACUCAUCGACCUCUGUGAUGGUCAGGCCGAAUUGGUCGCUAAAGUGGAGAAGAUGCGUCAGAGCAUCCUGGAGGGGCUGAACUUCGCCCGCCCGCCGCACCCUGUCCCGUUCCCGCCGCCCCACGGCAUGCCUUUCUACCCCCCCAACACUACUUUCUACCCCCCGCCCCCCAUGCCCCCGCCUCAGGGCCGGGGGAGAGGCAUGCCAGGCCUUCAAGCCAUUCCUUCACAGGGUGGGAAGCUGGAGAUCGCGGGCACCGUGGUGGGCCAGUGGGCCGGCACCCGGCGUGGGCGGGGCCGGGGGGGCUUCCCCAUACAGGUGGUGUCUGUCGGUGGACCAACAAGAGGUCGUCCAAGAGGUGUGAUUUCAACUCCUGUUAUAAGGACCUUUAGUCGAGGAGCCAAAUACCAUGGAAGAGGAUUCAAGAGUCAGGGAACAUACCAGAGCAAACCUGCAUAUGCUGCUUCGGCAAAUGAGGUGGGGAAAGAGAGGAAGAAGCCCAAGCCGGAGGAGGAGACGUCCCCCCCGCAGUCGUCAGAAGGGUCCACGGCCGAAAACGGUGUGGAGGGCCGAGAGGCGGACCAGCUGAAUGGGAACAACGAUGACGGCAGGGCUCCCAAACAACCUGAAAGUGCCUUGAGUUAUGACUCUAAAAUGUGCAAUACUAAUCCUCAUUUAAAUGCACUAAAUGCAGACAGCGAUUGCCACAGAGACGAAACUGUGGGUGCCUCUGUCUUAAAAAAAGAAGAGUAAACCUAUUUUUAUAGAGAGGGUGAUGGAUGAUGGAGGGUCUAGGGUCAGGGAUAUCUGGAAAGAUGGAAAGCCUACAGUCGAUGUACAUUUUUUCCUCGCCGUAAGAGAAAAAUGAGGACUUAUGAAAUUCGGAUCCCUCUUUAAAGACAGCAAGAUUAAGCAAGGAUAAUGUCUAUCUCUCGGUUCAAAAGGCAAUUAUACCAGUUACAGAUACAAUGCUACCAGUAUAAGGAGUAAGACAGUUCGCUCCCUCAUCACUGAUAUUAAACACGUUUCAAACUGGUUACGUGAACGUUUUUCUUUUUCUUGAAAUACUGAAGCCGAAAAAUGCUUUCAUUUGGCAGUCUUUAGUACUUAUAGGUUGAAAUACUCUUUCAGUACCUGGCACCAUAUAUUUGCCAUUGUAAUUGAUUUUGUGUUGUGUCACAGUAAAUGCUUUUGAGAAUUAAACACAUGAAAAAAGAGAAAAAACACAAAACCACAUUUCUCAAGUGGGUCAUCACUGUGGGUUUAUUGUGUUGGAAAAAAUGUGCAGAAUAAUUUCAAAAUUAAAUAACUGUAGAAUAAAUACUGCAGCUUAAGUUCUGAUGAUCUCGGUAUACGUCAUACUUUUAGCUAUAUAAGUAACAUGUCAAGAAACGGUUAUAAAUCACCGAAGAUGCAAAUGAUCUCAAAGAAGCUCCGAUACAUUUUGUGUCAGAAAUUGCCAUGCAUCAGUGAUCAAUGAAUAAUGUGGUUUCUUGAAUCAAAUGUAGAACAUUAGUACUACUGUUUCAGCUAAACUUUCUGCAUGGUUCAUAAUUUUAAAAGGUGUGUAGUUAUUAUGCAUGUUGUCCUUUUCUUCCAUUCUUACAAGUACUGUGCCCAUUUGCAAAAUUAAAAAAGGCUAAUAAUCAGUAAUAGUCCUAUAAAAGGUGUUAACUGUUUAGUCAGUAACUGAUUUGCUCUAACCUUAAAUUUUUGUGAUUAUUGACCUCUGUUGCAUUUAAUCAAAAAAAAAACUUACAAAAAAUUAUCUAGCCACUUUAAAUAUUGUUAACCCUGGUGUACUCAUUACUGUAUACAUUAUUGUUCUCUGUUGCUGUUUUAUGCAUUCAUAUUAGCAAAACAUCUCUGGAAAAAAGAAAAACCUCUCAAAAAAAGCUUUGAUCUUAAAUGACCCCCCUUUUUCGUAGCUGGAAAACAAGUCAGCAAAGACUCUUGACCUUCCCAUUGAGAGUUUAGCAUAAGCAAGUAAACCUGUAAUCAUUUUUGAUGUUUACUUUAGUGUUUUCAAACUUAUUGUACUUCUAAAACAGAAUCGUCACUUAACUUUUUUCAUCUAAUUCUCCUGAUGCUUUCCAUCACACAUUAGUGAUCAGAAAUACGGUGUAUUCCCCCCCCGUCCCCCGCCCGCAAGAGCUAAAUAGGUUACCUUGAUGUAAGUUGAACGGAGUUUCUACCUAACUCAUGGGUUGUAGAAGAAUGAACUACUGUUGGGAUUGACUGAUUGUUGAUGGAUUGUGGUGUGGUGUAUUUGAAGGCAGUUGAGUGCAACUUACAAUGCUUAAUAAAAGUCUUUAUUCUUUUAGUAUAA